AUGAAAAAUGGAGUUUUCAUGCAUUGUAAUUCACUUGUUAAAUUUGAUAGUUUUGGAGAUGUUGAAUGUAUUCCUCAUUGCACAUUUAUGGAAUGCUUCAACUUGAAAGAAAUGGUCUUUCCUAAGACUUUGAAAACGAUUGGAAAAUUUGUAUUUAAAAAUUGUGUUUCACUUGAAAGCAUCACAUUCCCAAAAUUACUUGUAAGAGUUGAAGAUGGCUGUUUUAUGAAUUGCUCAAAACUUCAAUAUAUAAAUGUUAGUAAUACAAAUAUUAUAUUCGGAAAUGACGUUUUUGAAGGGUGCACGUCACUUAAGUCGAUACUUUUUGAAGGCAAAGAAGUAUUAAAUUAUAAUGGAAAAGUUAGUUACACGCUUUAUAAACAAUUUGAAAAAAAAUUCAUUGUGAUAAUGUCAAAGUAA